AUGAGUAGUGAAUCAAAAGAAACGUCUCAUGCCAAUGAAAAUGUCCAUCUUCUAUGUAGGAGUCAAGCAGAGAUACCUCAAGAGGCAAUGGAAACCGAGCCAGGGUCGGAGCCAGUCCUCAUUAAAAGACCGGUUUCUAUUGGAGGCGCUGCAGUCGUUGUCGAAGGAUCAGGGACCACCAUGGAUGUACCCCCCGUGAGGAAGAAGCUCAGUGAAAGUCGUCAAGUGAAGUUGCCGACAAUAUCGGUGGCAGAGAGACCUGCCGUCUCAUUUGCGGAUCCGUUAAGUGGUACUGUCAAAAAGACGCCUCCUCUCUCGAUCUCUCCCAUUGGAUACACUUUACAUCACAUCCCCCAAUCAGCUGAUUAUCGCAAAAAGAAAAAUGACGUGGUAUCUAUGCGGGUUUACGUAUCCCAGUUCGUCCGUAUGGAUACGCCUGAACGCGAUGACAGUGACUAUGCCGGCAUUCAAUUCAACAUACCGGGUGGACGAAACGCAACUGCUGAAUAUAUCGUGGAAUUAAUGGGAGCUGAAUAUGGCAUUGACAGAGCAAUUGCCAAAGAGGCGUUUUCACUUUGGAUGAUUUCAGGACUUCUAGAAGUACAACUGAAACCCCAUCACAAGCCCUAUGAAAUGCGACGUGGUUGGGCUGAGGUGUUGUCGAAGUUCGCCACAUCAGAACCAGAGAGUAGGAAGAGAGAAGAUGAACCGGUGCUCUACUUUAGAAGAAAUGUCCAGUUAUCUGAAACAAGGGAACAACAAAUCAUGACGUUUUGUUCACGUGCAUUAGAAAUGUUGCUAACGGAUGCUCGAUCAUCCUUGUUCCUUGAUCGGUGUCCAAUGCCACCAGAAAGAGCUGCUGAACUUGCUGGACUUGGAUUCGCAAUGGAGGACGGCGCUUACGAGCAGAAAACUCACAAUGUUGACUGGUUAAGGAAUACACAUUAG